ACCAUGCUGGGGACACUGCCAUACCUUAUACUUGCGUUGAUUUUUGCGCACGUGGUGACUAGUUUCGUAUUCAAUGAGACGGUACUUAAUAAGGUUGAGAAGAAUGACUUGGCCGUGCUGACGAGGAGACAAGGAAGAGGGAAGAAAUCUCAGUCUACUUCCUCCGACAGCAUUCGAGGCAGCGGCCGUGGUAGUGGAGGUUCGAAGAACAGUGACGAUGACGAGUCACUAAAGGAGGAGUUCAGUGAGCAAUCUUCCACUGACACUGAUGAGAAGAAACGCACGAGGGAUAAGAAGGACAGAGCGCCCAAAUCCACAGUAGAACGAAAGGGAUGGCGCAAAUGGCACCGCAAGUGCACGAGGUGUGCCGAAGACAUGCGCAAGAAGUGGCGCGACCCCAGCAUCAAGUGGAUCUGCGGCGCCUACCAGCGCGCACGCAGGACCUUCAAGAGUCUCUGCAUGAUGUACUAUAGGAACUGCCAGGAUGGUACCAUGUUCACCAAGAUAGCAGACCACCGGUGUGAGAACGGCUCUGGGCAGAUCAGACCGUACAAUCACCACUUCUUCUAUGACUACAACGUGGCGCUGACCGGGGAGGGCAGUGCCGUGGCCUCUGAGUCCACGGAGACAGAACCCUCAGAGUCUUCCUGGGAUACCUCCAGGAUCAACAAGCUGCCGCCCUUGCGAUUUUAA